UCCAACUAUCAAAUUCUUUAACGUAUACAAUAAUGCAGUACUGCAUUGUACUUUAACUUCUGGAACCCAAGGCCAGGUGUGUAUUACAAAGUUUUUGGUCAUUAUAAGUUCUGUUGGAGAACUUAUACAUCUGUUAGCACAUCACAUGUGUAUGUUCAUAUCUGACUCUUUGCGUAAGCACUGUGUACUCAUUAGGUGUGCUGGUGUCAAUGCUCAGUGUACUAUGGUUAGGUAUUGCACUGUGCCACUUGCCUCCAUCCACUGUCUUUUGGAAAAUUUUGACAAUGCAUGGUGAGAUAGAAACGAGUCAUGCAGGGAUGACUGGGAGCAAGGGGUCAAGUUCCCAUUAUGCAGUUUUCUCCAUCCCAUAUUACUAUCCACAUCCCAUAGGUUUUGUAUCUUUAAAAAAAAAUUCUGUAAAUCCACGUGGCACUUCUUGCUGUCUGCCGUCUCUGAUAAAAGCAUGGAGCCCUCACAGUUAUGCACUAUUGCGUUUGCAACACACAUGACAGGAUCCUCCAGUAAUUUCAGAACCACAGGAAGAACUGCAGCAAUGGGGAGACAUAAUCGUUUCAAGGAGGACAAUUUGCUGUGGGACAUAGCAAAUACUAAUUCAAGGCUGUUGGUGGCAUUCAUGGACCAGCUGCAGAUUGUUGAAUAUCACUUCUGGGCACAAGAAACGAGCACUGACCAGUGGGAGUGGAUCAUAAUGCAGGUUUGGGAUUACAAGCAGUGGCUGAUCCUCUGUCUGUGUGCUGAUCUCGCUCCAACUCGUGGAGAGCAGAAAAAGAGCUGCAAGCAAUUGAGAAACAGUUGGCGAUUGGACUGUGAAGGCUUGUAAUGCAAGAUUCUUACCAGUCAGUGGACAAUCAUUUUGGAGUUUGAAAAUCCACAGUGGGGGCUGUUAAUAGACUUACGUUGCUCAGGAAUGUGGCUCUUGGUAAUGUGCAUGAUAAAAUGAAUAGAUUUUCUGCAAUGAGGCUCCCAAACUGCAGUGGGGUGAUAGAAGGCACACACGUUCCUAUUUUGUCUCCAGCCCACCUUGCCACAGAGGACAUCAAUAGAAAGAGCUCCUUUUUUAUAGUUAUGCAACUGUUAGUGGAUCACCACCAACUGACAUCAAUGUUGGCUGGUCAAGGAAGGUGCGUGACACAAACAUCUUUAGAACAUAGAACUGUUCAGAAAACUACAAAUAGGAACAUUCUUUCCCUACUGACAGAUUACCACUGGCCAUGUUGAAAUGCCAAUACUGAUCCUGGGAGACCCAGUUUAUCCCUUGCUUCACUGGUUCAUGAAUCCAUACACCAGCCAUCUCGACAGCACCACGGAAAGAGUCAACUGCCAUCUCAGCAGGAGCGGAAUGACAAUUGAAUGUGCUUUUGGUAGAGAGAAGUGAUUCUGGUGUUUACUUCCAAGACUGGAUCUCAGCAAAAAUAAUAUCCCAAUGAUUAUAGCUGCCUGUUGUGUCCUGUAUAAUAUCUGUGAGGCAAAAGGGUAGAAGUUGCAGCUUGGGUGGAGGGCAGAGGUGGAGCAGCUUUCUGAUAAGUUUGAACAGGCAGGCACAAGUGCUAUUAGAAGAGCACAAAAUAGAGCUAUGAGAGUGAGGGAGGCCUUGAAAGAGCACUUUAACUGUCAGCCACCAUAAUGGAGUGUGGUGAAUUGUGCUCUACCUGGACAUGAAGUUUUGGGGCCUGUUAGGAAUUAUGUGAUACUUGGUGUGCAUUUAUAUGACUAAUACAGUCAGUGCAUCUGUUAAUUAUACAGGGCUUGCUGCACAUUUAUAAUUACACCUCUACCCCGAUAUAACAUGAAUUCAGAUAUAAUGCAAUAAAGCAGCACUCCGGUGGGGGGGGGCCCACUCCGGCGGAUCAAAGCAAGUUCGAUAUAAUGCAGUUUCACCUAUAAUGCAGUACGAUUCUUUUGGCUGUGGAGGACAGUGUUAUAUCGGGGUAGAGGUGUAUUACACUGUCACUGAUCCUAUGAGAGCCUUUGCUCUGUACAGUCACAAGUAGUGGGGUGCUUUGAGUAGCCUUGGGCAGAUAUUUAAAAAAAAUGUUUUGUAUAUCAAAACCACUUGCAACAAAAACUGGUUAAAAAACAAAUGCAAUGAAAACUUAUAAAAUAAAUUCUGCUCUAUUGAUUUAACAAAGGAAAAGAAAAUUCAUCUCCAUUUCAGUCUAUUUUUGCUACACAUCCAGCAACUGUGGCCCGUGUACGUGAAGCUGUGGCUGUUUGUACUGUCCCCUGGCAUGGAGUGGUGGGGGUAGGAACGCAGCCUCUGAUGUCACAUGGAACAUUGAGGGUGUAGGGAGGUGCUAAAAUGGAGUUCUGCAUUGACUACAGAGGGAGGAGAGCCCAUGCUUGUUGAACUUUUAGGUCAGCAAGUGUCUGCAGUAUUAGUGCUUGCUGCUGGAGAAGUCCCAUUAUGUCUGGGUGCAUUUCCCUCUACUUUUCCUGCCAUGUCUCCUGGGCCUUUCUGCUAUCCAUUCUUUCUCCAUACUGUCAGCAGUAUUCGCCCUCCAGGCCUUCUGUUCACAAUCCGAUGCAGCACUGACUUGCAGGAUCUUGUUGAGCAUAUCCUUCCAUGUUCUUUACUUUCUCUUCCUCAUCAGAGCCAGGUGUUUCACAGAUAAGGAGGGGACGUCCCUCAAGGCUGCAACGGCAAUAGCCACAGAUAAAACACAAAGACUCGUCACUGUAUUUAGUUACAACAGAAGGUGAAAGUUAAUGCUCAGAACUCAUCCCAUAAAAGUUUUAAACAAGACAUUCUUAUUGACACCAGCUUUGGAGCACUUUGGCACAGCACCACCCUCUGGUCCCAGGCACAGUGAGUAUGCCCUAUGAGGGAAAUGCGGGGGAGGAGGAGGGAAUUGUUUGAUUGCCUGAAACAAUAAAACUUUGGUCCUUGUUUCCAUGUAUGAGUGCAGGGCAAUGGCACUGAGUAGUGCCACCAUUUUCCACCGGUGGUGGUGAUUUUCAGCUGAUAUUUCGCUCCUGAGAGUAACACAGGCACAGAGAGCACAGCUUCUGCUGGCAUUCCAAAACCUCCUGGGCCUGCAUGCUGUUAGCCUGUUUAAAGCAAUGGUGCCUGCCAAAGUCAUUGUGACUGGCACAGGAAAGUGUCCUAUUGCAGAGGAAGAAAUUAGACUACCAUCUCCAGAAAUCUUCAGGAGAGGAUUGCAGAGUACGUCCACGAAGUUUCAUUGAAAUCUCUCAGGAGGAUUCAGGGGAUAUCCCUGUGUACAUAAACAUUUCCACAUCUCUUUCUCUCCGACCCUGCCUUGCCAAUGUUGGAUUGCUACCUCUUCUAGUACAAGUAAAACAAGGAAAAGUACAUACCUUUGUCCUGUGAAGUUGGUGUCUGGCACCAUCUGUACUUUUAAACAUUGUAAUGGAAAAGGUAUUCACAUAUUUACCCAAGGGUCCUUCCCGUGCAUCAGGCUCCGCUGACGAGAUAGAUUGCCUAGCCCUGGUCUAGCCAAUGGCACGCAUGCAGAAGGCGGCAUAUGAGCUGAUUUUCAGUGGCACUCACACUGCCCGGGUCCUGGCCACUGGUCCGGGAGGCUCUGCAUUUAAAUUUAAUUUUAAAUGAAGCUUCUUAAACAUUUUAAAAACCUUAUUUACUUGUCAUAAACAAUAGUUUAGUUAUAUAUUGUAGACUUGUAAAAAGAGACCUUCUAAAAACUUUAAAAUGUAUUACUUGCACGCGAAACCUUAAAUUAGAGGGAGUAAAUGAAGACUCGGCACACCACUUCUGAAAGGUUGCCGACCCUUGGGCUAGACUGUAGUGUAGUCUCAAACAUGUCCUAGCUUGGGACAUAGCUGGAUGCCUCCAAUGCCACAUUGCACAUCCCUCUCCAUACUCCUCCUGCUUGCUGUUAGUGCCAGGUGUCUCCAUUGGGCUCCUCCGAGGUAUUAGCAGUGCUGUGCAAGGUGCUGGUGGGAUCUCCACUAAGUAUGUCAUGCAGUUAGUUGUAAAAGCAAGUUUGCGGCUAGGCACUAGAUUAACUGGUGGCCUUCCUGGCCUUGUGGGAUGCCUGCCACAGUUCCUUCAUUUUCAUGUGGUACUGUUGCUGAUCCCUGUUGUUUCCCUUUGCCUGCCUCCCCUAUUCAGUUUUUCAUAGAUGACCACAUUUCUACAACUCCUCUGUGGCUGUGGCUGCACAGCCUCUUUUCCUCAGGCCAUAGUGCCUCCAGACACGAGUGUCUAGAAUGUGUAAGUGGCGUGACCAGUUGGGCAGUUGCGCACAACAAGGGAGAGCUGCUAGCUGGACAGUUGGGAAAAGGCAUUUCAAAAAUAAACAUUUGAGGAGUGGGUUCUGGUCUCCAUGACCCGUGGGCAGUGGAGUUCACAGUUGUGACCAGAGCAGUCACUGUUGGGCAUUGUGAGACAGCUGCUGGAGGCCUGUAACGGUCAACAUAGGUCAUGCAGUGUCUACACUUGUUCUGUGUCAAUCUCAGUAUGUUGGCCAUGGCUCAAUGCCAUUCAGGGAGGUGGUGUUACUGCGUCGCUGUAACAGUGUGUUUAUGGCGUCUGGAGAUAAAUUUGAGUGCAGACACAUGCACUUCUAGGAUCAUAUAAGGUGACUUAUGUCAGCCUAACUUUCUAGUGGAGACCAGCCCCAAAUGCCAAAAAAAUCAUUGAAAAGCAGAGCCUGGUACAGUAUACUCCCAAGAUAAUCCUUGCCAAUUAAAUUUGGAUUUUCUUCCUAAUAUUUCGACUUGUAAUACUUCAGAACCCUUGCCUUCAGUUGCUUAUCUCUAGUCCUUUAAGAACAGAGGAGUAUGAAAAUUAAGUGUUACGUCUCCAUUUUUUUUUCAGAAUUAUGCUGUUAGUAUUAGCUUAACAUAGACAUGAGUUUACUAAAAAUAUGGAUAGCUCAAUGAGAGAGAGAUUUAUUUCCGUCCACCAUCACUACCCCUUUGAGGGUUCUUUACUAACAAAUUCUUGGUCAGGAAUGACAAAAAUGGUUGAAAUUUUAAGGAAGAAACUUAAUACACCUUUCUUUUAGGAUAAUCAUUUAUACUUUAUUUUCUUAGUUUAAUAAGCAUUGUUAAAAUUUUCCUUAAAAUUAAGCUAUAUUUAAGUAUUUUAGAAGUCAGAAUUGAAUGCUAUAUCCAGUUUAACACGUUUCAACUACUUUUUUUCCCCUCUAGGUUUUUGUAAUUACAGAAUAGUAACUUUGUAGGAUGUCAGGGAAUGAUUUGGAUGUGAAUGUUUACAAGAUAAACCGACAAUGUCAUAUAAAGAGCAAGGGGAUCAAAGCCCCAAACGAAUCCUUAAGAAGCCCUCUCGUCUACCCCAACUUCUGGGUGAAAAGCUCUGCCCUCGGAGGUAGAACUUCUGGAUUAUCCAACAAAAACUUCUUAUUUUGUGAGCAAACUAAACAGUUCUUGAAUAGUCGUGAGAAUGGUUUAGGAGAUGCUAGCUCUCAUUGCAAGAGUGGAGUGGCAAAUGACUUUAACAAGGAAGAGUUUGGAUCAAAGAUGAGCAAGGGAACACUAACAGGAAAGUCAGUGGAAAGCAUAAGCGAUAGAAGUAGUUUGCUGUUAACACCUUCAACUAAGGAGGAAAAUGCUGUUGCUGGUCCAAACUUAACGCAGAGCUCCAAUUCUGACUUGCUUCACACAAAGCAGAAAAAGAUACAGAAUUCCCCUGAGAAUAUUUUAUCUAUAGGCUACGAUUCAAAACUAUUUAAUUCGUUAAUGCCGACCCCUCGGAUAACUACUUGUCAUCAUUGUGGUCUGUAUGGAGACCUGAGAUGUUCUCAAUGUAAACAGACAUAUUAUUGCUCUACAGACUGCCAGAAGAAAGAUUGGUCUGUACAUGGUAUUGUAUGCAAACCAAUUAAACAAAAUUUAAAGAAAAGUGAAGAUAAUGCCAAGUUGCCUGGUGAAAUUAAGAAUAACAUUGAUUUUAAGGGCAGUGUGACACCUGUUGAUGCACACAAGAUAGAAGAUGACAUCAAGAAAAUAAUGCUUUCUGACCUGCAAAAUCUAGGGCUCAAAAAAGAUAUGGAAAUACAGGGUACAGUCACAGAAUUCAGGAACCCAAGUGAAUUUUACAUACAGGUCUAUUCUUCAGAAGUUGUAGAAUAUAUCAGCAAACUUACUGUGAAACUGAAAGAUUGUUAUGCAAAUAUUGUUAACCAAGAGGAAUAUAUUCCUAUCAAAGGGGAAGUUUGUGUUGCAAAAUAUUCUCUGGAUCAGACCUGGAACAGAGUACUGGUAAAAAAGGUGGAUAUCUUACAGAAGAAAGCACAAGUGUUAUAUAUCGAUUAUGGCAAUGGAGAAAAUGCUCCACUAGAUUGGAUUAAACCACUCCACAAAGACAUUGAACUGUUUCCUCCCUGUGCCAUUAAGUGUUGUGUUGCUAAUGUUGCUCCAAAACAAGGAGGAUGGAACAAAGACUGUGUUAGCAUUAUUACCCCUCUGCUCGUCGGACAGUACUGUUCGGUGACUGUUGUUGACCUAUUACAGGAGGAGAUGAUGACUUGUUUCGCUGUAGAUGUUAUCCUGCCAGGUUCUGGGAAACACCUAGAUAAAAUACUUCUCGAAAUGGGGCAUGAAUUGAGUCCAAAGAGGAAAGAAACUAAGAAAAUUAACCCAGAGACAGGUACUGUGUUACAAAAGGAUUCUGAGGGAGAAAGAGAAAAAACAGCUGAAGAUGAACUGGUUCAGAUUAGUGAUUUAGCCAUAAAGGUUGUUUCCGUAUCCGUGGGAGAUACAUUUUCUGGUGUAGUUGCCCAUAUUCAAACGCCAGAAGACUUUUUCUGUCAACAGAUGCAUAAUGGUCACCAGUUUGCUGAACUUCAAGUAUCCUUGGGUGAAUACUGUAACAAAAUCCCUACUAUCCCAAAUUUCUGUCCACCUGUUGGAGAUGUCUGUUGUGCCCAGUUUACAGAAGACAAUCAGUGGUAUCGUGCCUCUGUUCUAGCAUAUACUUCUGAAGAUACUGCUUUAGUGGGCUAUAUAGAUUAUGGUAACUUUGAAGUUCUCCAAGUGGCUAGACUUCGCCCUAUGAUUCCAAAAUUAUUGGAGUUGCCAGUGCAAGCUAUAAAGUGUACAUUAGCAGGUGUGAAGCCCCUUUCAGGAACCUGGUCCUGGGAAGCUAUUGCUCUGAUGAAACAACUAUUGCAAAAUAAAAUGAUCACUAUAAGAGUGGUGGACAAAAAGGAGAAUAGCUCUGUGGUAGAGAUUGCAGAUGAAUCUGUUACUCCAGUAAUAAAUGUAUCUAAACAUCUUUUAGAAUCAGGCCAUGCAGUGAAAGAUUCCAAGGAUGUCUUGACAAUAAAUGAAACUGUUAACACUGUGAAAGAAGGAAGUGCUGUAGGAGAAACAAUAAAUAAAAUAGAUUGGACAUGGGUUAAGCUGACUCUUAACCAGACAUUAAAUGUCUUGCUGUGUACAGUGAACAAUCCUGGAGAGUUCUUCUGUCAGAUCUUAGAUGAUGACUUACUUGCUCUAAACGUACUCAACAAGUCAUUGUCAGAAUACUGCCAGCAGACGUCUACUAGUGUUUUCAAGCCUUCAGAGGGAGAACCUUGCUGUGCUUUUUUCUCUGGUGAUGGCAAUUGGUAUCGUGCUUUGGUCAUAGAAGUCUCUUCAGAUGGAGCUAUUAAAGUGCAAUUUGUGGAUUAUGGAAAUGUUGAGACAGUAACUCCAGAUAAACUUCGACAGAUCUCAUCAACAUUGCUAAAACUUCCAUUUCAAGGAAUUAAGUGUUGGUUAUCAGGUGUAAAACCUGCUAACAAGAAAUGGGUCCCAGAAGCCACAGCAAGAUUUCGGAUGUGCACUGCAGGAAUUAAACUUCAAGCCAGAGUAGUUUCUUUCAACAAAAGUGGUGCUGGAAUAGAGCUCAUUGAUAAUUCCACAGCUUGUCCAAGAAUAAUCAGUGAAAUUUUAAUUAGUGAAAAAUUAGCUUUAAAGGAAGGUCUGCCAAAUAAAGAUGGGCUACCAAAUACGUCUGCUGAGAAAAUAGAGCCUCAAGAAACCUCUUCUGAGCAGUGGCAGACAAUAGAAUUGCCUGUCAAUGAAACUGUAUCGGUCCGUGUAAUGGAAGUGAUAAGUCCAGACUUGUUUUAUGCUCUACCAAGUGAAACCAGAGUAGAUCAAGAGAAGUUGUGUAGGUUGAUGACUGAACUGGUAGAAUAUUGCAACACUCAGAACAAUCACUCCUUCAGACCAAAAGUCGGUGAAGCCUGUUGUGCCAAGUUUGCAGGUGAUGGCUAUUGGUACAGAGCUAUAGUUCUGGGAGUUUCUCAGUCGGAGGUGAAGGUAGCAUAUGCAGACUAUGGAUGCACCGAAACUCUACCAUUCUCUAGAGUGCUGCCGAUCACUGCACGUUACUUGAAGCUCCCUUUUCAGAUAAUUAAGUGUUCGCUUGCAGGAAUCAUGGAAUGGUCUCCAUUAAUAAUAGAUUUGCUGAAAACAUUAAUAUUGAAUAAGUGUGUCAUGAUCACAGUGAAAGGGAUCAAUGAGAAUAUUCAUGCAGUAUCUGUGGAGAAAUGUUUUCAAAACAGUAGUCUAAGUAUAGUUGACAAAUUUGUAAUGGAAGGUUUAGCCAAAUAUAGCAACUCUGGAAAUCAAAGUAUGCUACACCAAGCCCAUGUAAAUGAGGCUAGUUGCUGUUGCACAGAAUUAAAAAAGCAAAUUGAAAAACAUGAAGAGAUCCUCCUCUUUCUUUUAAAUAAACGCGUGGCUCAAGAUAAGUGUAGUGAAAUGAAAAAAUUAUUACAACACUAAACUUGUAGGCAUGAUUUGUGUGUUAUAUGCUUAUAACUGUAACACUGUGUUGCCAAUGUUAAUGCAAUUGCUACUGCUCACUGCUCUUACUCCUAGAAUAGUGGCUGUGUUCAGGACCAAAAAAAGCUUGAUUUCUUUUGUAGAAAUUGUUUUGCUGUUAAAUGCUGUUGGACUAUAUCUGUACGUAUGUGAAAUGAGAAAUUGUACAUUUAGACUGUCUGAAUCGGAGCAAAGUUAAGACGUGAAGCCUCUGGCUGUUGUUGCAGUUCUUUUGAACGAAGGCAAUACUUUUUCUUAAGCAACUUUCUGUAAGAAAACUCUUCAAUUGCAAACCAAAAGUAUUGUAAGAGAACUUAGUGAAAACUAUUCAGUUUUCAUUUGCAAGAAAGAAAAAUUGGAUCGUUGUCUUAGAAAACUCAACUUCAUUUUUACAUUGAAUGUAUAGAAAACAUAAAAUUUAAGUUUGAAAUAAAAAUUCAUGUGAAAUUUUAGGUUAAUGAUCUGUCAUGAAGAAUAACAGUACAGAUACUACUUUUUUCAUUGGGUCUGCUUAAUGUUCUGUGUCUAACUUACGGUUAGAUUUGUUUAAAACCAUAUUUUCAGCCUUUUAUUUUUCCUUAUUGUUUCCUCCAGCUGCGUGAGGUAAUGUGAACAGCCAAACUUGAUUUUUAAUUGGCAUGUAAAGUAUCUCUUCUACCUGCAAAAUCAUUCCUUUUUUUCAGAUAGUUAUUCAGCAGUUCUGCUAGGCAUUGUUUAAUGGUUAGAGCAAGGAAUGGGCUCUCAGAACUCUUGGUUUCCCCAUCAGACUGCUGCUAAAUUUAGACAAGUCACUUAACCUCUCCAUCUGUUUAUGCAUCUUUAUUUUAUUAAUGGAUAAAGUUCCUGUAUAUGCUCAAAUGCUGUAUCAGUGCAUAGUAUUUACCCUCUUCAUCUGAAAGCAUACAUCACAUUCACAAUUUGGCACCUUUAUUGACAGACUCAGCAGACAAAGCAAGGGGUCGUAGACAUGGAGAUUGAAUUGCUCUCAACUUUAGAACUAGUUUCCAUGUUUGGAUGGAAAUGUGUAUUUCCAUUGGUCAUGUGCAUCUGUUUUGUAGAGACAUAAGAUUUCAGUUUAUGGUGUUGCCAAUCUGAUACUUUUCAGGAGCACUACAGCUAACUUGAAAGAGUUGGAAUUUUUAAACUACUACUUUGCUUGUGCUACCAGACUAAGGGUAUGGCUACAAUUGAAAUUUCAAAGUGCUGGUGAAUCAGCAAUGUUCACAAAUUUGUAUUUUUCCCUAAGCACAGGGUGAAUCUCUCACUCCGAAAUAAAUUCCAUUUGAACAUUUAUCAUAUCCAGUCACAGUUGGCUUUUAUUUGAAACUGCUUUAUAGCAUUCUCCUUUGCUGGAUGUCAGAUAUGGAAAACAUACCCUAGGUUAUCCCUCUCUCUGUUGUUUUUUUGUGUGAAAUACUUAUAUGGACCAGCAAACAGAACUGGACCCUAUUUUAAUGGCAUUCACUUACACAUUAUCAAGGAAUAAGUGCAUUUUUACAUGUUACUAUUAUCACUUCCAGCUCCCCUCUCUUCCUCUAAAAACAUUUUGCUUCUGGUUAUGAGACUCUGAGUAUCUGCCCUGCAAAAUCCAGAAAAUAACAUGCUAUUGGCAUUCAGACGAGUAAGAAGAUAGUACAAUAUAGUCUCGCUAACCUUGGCUUCCAAAGGAAUUUUUUGUAUGUAGCACUUGUAUAGCUCUUUCGUAUUUUCAAAGCACUUUACAAACAUUCAGAACCAAAUGUGUUACAGUUGAGCUAUUAAUUGUCAAUAAAAA